AUGCCUCCCAGACGAAACGUACCUGCUGGGGAUAGCAAUGAUGUCUCGGCGAUGGACCGUAUGGCCAUGGCAAUGGAACAGAUGGCUGAGUUCAUGAUGGCUCAGCAAGUUCAUAAUCAAGCCCAAGUGCAACCACGGGUCGAUGUUACUAAAGCCAUAGCAGCUAGACAACCACCAUUUUAUGCGGGGGAAGAAGACCCGGUGAUCCUUGAAGAAUGGAUCAGAACAUUUGAUAAACUGCUAAACGCUGUGAAUUGUCCUGAGGUACAGCGAGUGUCUUCUGCAGUAUACUACCUGACUAAAGUUGCGGACAACUGGUGGGCAACGGUUGGACCUGACCUUCUACAAGACCCAGAAUUUGGCUGGGAAGAGUUCAAGGCGGAAUUAAGAGGUCAGUUCUACACUGAACGAAUUAAGGGCAUCAAGUGUGAAGAAUUUUUGCGGCUGAAACAACAAGGAACAACGGUGCAAGAUUAUCAUGACAAGUAUGUUGAGUUGAUGAGAUUUGCUCAGGACAUCGUACCUGACGAGGCAAGCAAGGCGAGGAGAUUUGUAAGAGGAUUAGAUUGGGGAGUGAGAAGUGCAAUCGCACCAUUUAUGUGCUCUACUCUCAGGGAAGCAUAUAACAGAGCGUCCGAUCAUUACCAGGUGUAUCUUGACCAGCAAGCAGUCUAUUAG